GGAAGUCUAGGGAGCUCUAGAACUCACUCACCGAAGGUGGAACCGCGCCACCUUUCCGUAUUUCUUCUCCCUUCCUCCCUCUUCUGCUCAAACCCAUUUCUCGCACCUUCUCCACUUCUCCACAUCUCUCUCUCUCCCUCACUCAGUUGCAAGCUCAAGCAGUUCUCGUCUCCCUCAGCAAUCAGCAUUUCCGCCCUCCUUCCAGAUGGCUGAACUCCAAUACACUGUGGCAUCCGACAGCGAAAAUACUGGAGAGGAGAAAUCAUCUUCCGCCUUUCCAGAGAGUGCGAUUGGUAUCGACAUUGGCACCUCACAAUGCAGCAUAGCAGUUUGGAACGGUUCCCAGAUUGAGGUGCUCAAGAACACCAGGAACCAGAAGUUGAUGCGAUCAUAUGUGACCUUCAAGGAUGAAACCCCUUCUGCUGGAGGAGUCACCAGCAAUCACCUGUUCCAUGAGCGUGAAGUAUUGUCUGGAGCUGCAAUCUUCAAUAUGAAACGCCUCAUAGGCAGAGUGGACACCGACCCUGUUGUUUCAGCCAGCAAGUCUCUUCCUUUUCUAGUCCAGACUUUGGGAAUAGGUGUUCGUCCUCUCAUUGCAGCCUUGGUGAACAAUGCUUGGAGGUCGACAACUCCUGAAGAAGUCCUGGCUAUAUUUCUGGUGGAGCUGAGAGCCAUGGCAGAGUUACAAUUGAAGAGGCCUAUCAGAAAUGUUGUGCUCACGGUUCCAGCUUCCUUUAGUCGGUUCCAGUUGACACGUAUCGAGAGAGCUUGUGCUAUGGCAGGGCUUCAUGUUCUGCGACUGAUGCCUGAGCCAACAGCUGUUGCAUUGCUGUAUGCACAACAGCAGCAACAGAUUGUUCAUGAGAAUAUGGGCAGUGGGAGUGAGAAGAAUGCCCUGAUUUUCAAUCUCGGUGCUGGUUACUGUGAUGUGGCUGUCACUGCUACUGCUGGUGGAGUUUCUCAGAUCAAAGCAAUAACAGGAGCUGCUAUUGGAGGAGAAGACAUGCUGCAGAACUUGAUGAGGUAUCUCUUCCCUGAUCUUGACAGGCUUUUCUCAAACCAUUCCACCAAUGAUAUCAAAUCGAUGGCAGUGCUGCGGAUUGCAACCGAGGACGCAAUUCGCAAGCUUUGCUCUCAGACCAGCGUUCAGGUGGAUGUUGACUUGGGAAAUGAGAACAAUAUCUGUAAGGUUCUUGAUAGGAAGGAAUUUGAGGAAGUCAACAAACAAGUGUUUGAAAAGUGUGAGAGCCUCAUAACAGAAUGCUUGCACGACUCAAAGGUGAAUGUUGAGGAUUUGAGCGACGUUAUACUUGUUGGUGGCUGUUCAUACAUCCCAAAGAUACAGAACCUUGUUAAGGCAAUUUGCAAAAGGGAGGAACUCUACAGUGAAAUGAAUCCGUUGGAGGCUGCGGUGAGUGGAGCAGCACUAGAAGGUGCAGUUGCUUCAGGAAUCAGCGAUCCAUUCGGAAGUUUGGAUCUGUUAACUAUCCAAGCCACCCCACUUGCCUUGGGAAUAAGAGCUGAUGGGAACACUUUCUCCCCAAUCAUACCGAAAAACACUACCAUGCCUGCAAGGAAGGAACAAGUGUUCACAACUUCUCACGAUAACCAAACCGAAGCACUGGUUGUUGUCUAUGAAGGUGGUGGUAAGACCGUGGAAGAGAAUCAACUUUUGGGAUUUUUCAAGAUCGGCGGGAUCCCCUCAGCAGCUAAAGGAGUUCCGGAGAUAAUCGUGUGCAUGGACAUCGAUGCUGGAAAUGUGUUGCGAGUAUUUGCUUGGGUGAUGAUGCCUGGUAAUGAGCAUCCAGUCACUCCGUUCAUGGAAGUCAGGAUGCCGACAGUGGACGAUGGCCAUGGCUGGUGUGGCGAGGCGUUACUGAGGGCUUAUGGGUCUGCACUAGACCUGGUUACCGUCCAGAAAAGGGUGUAGAAACUGAUAAUACGGUGUUUGUGAUUCUGCAUGUAAGUUGCUGCGAGUUGUAAUAUCUGUAAGUUCUAAAAAGUAUCCAGCUGUGUAACAUAGAUGAUCGACUGAUCGUUACCGCCAAAAUAAGAACAGGGGCGACCCUUUUGCAGAGUUGUUCCUGUUUUGAAGAGUGACAAAUAAAGUCAGGUAUCUUUUUGCUCAAGUAA